GUGCAUCUCCCCACUCAUCUCUGUACAUACGUUAUAUGUUUUAGACCGUCGUGGAAUAACGUGCGUUUCGUUUCCCAAUAGAAAACCGGCAACCAAUAGAAUUCACUCCAUGGUUACUUGUAAAGCAUCGUGGAUUCCUGUGAUGGAUUCCAAUUAGUAUCACAUGCGGCGGUUGAAACGAUAAGCAACAGUCGGCGUCGUUUAUCACACUUUUUUAAGUUUUGAGCAUAAAAUGGAUGACGAAGCUGAGACAUAUAAACUGUGGAGGAUCAGAAAAACUGUCAUGCAAUUGUGCCAUGACAGAGGUUACUUGGUCACGCAAGAUGAGUUGGAUCAAACGUUGGAACAAUUUAAAGAACAGUUUGGUGAUAAACCGAGUGAAAAAAGACCGGCACGAAGUGAUUUAAUUGUUCUUGUGGCACACAAUGAUGAUCCUACAGAUCAGCUAUUCGUUUUCUUCCCAGACGAACCAAAAAUUGGUAUAAAAACCAUCAAAACAUAUUGUCAACGAAUGCAGGAAGAAAAGAUUCAUAGGGCAAUCAUUGUCGUACAACAAGGUAUGACACCAUCAGCAAAACAAUCACUGGUCGACAUGGCUCCAAAAUACAUUCUAGAACAGUUCCUGGAAUCCGAGCUUCUUAUAAAUAUUACAGAGCACGAACUCGUGCCUGAACAUAUUGUUCUAACACCAGAUGAAAAAGAGGAACUACUGACUAGGUACAAACUAAAGGAGAAUCAACUAAUGCGAAUUCAAGCAGGUGAUCCUGUUGCAAGAUACUUUGGUCUGAAACGUGGUCAAGUUGUCAAGAUUAUUAGAUCGUCAGAAACUGCAGGACGAUAUAUUUCUUACAGACUUGUUUGUUAAUCUAUGAAGAUCCACAUUAUGAAUCUUGCUCUUUGCUGAUUAUUCAGUAUGUAAUAUACCAUUGUUUCAAUUAAGAUUAAUCUAAAACUAAGUAUAAUUUCUAAAUGGAUUGAUGACAACAGGAAAUAAAUUUUAUAACAGCA